AUGAAAUCUGAUAUGUUUAUGGUUCGGUUUCAUAAUGUUGAUAGUAAGAAUCAAGUACUGGAGGCUGGUCCCAUUCUGUAUGAUAGAAAGCCUGUUAUUGUAAAAGAAUGGACCCCUAAUGUUGAUAUUACUGCUGAUAGUUUGAAAAUGGUACCUACCUGGAUCAAGUUGCCAAAUCUGCCUUUGCAGUACUGGGGACAAGUAGCGUUGAAUAAAAUAGUAGGAGUUAUUGGGAAACCUAUUCGAACUGAUCGUGCUACUACUCAGAAGGAUCUCUUAGACUAUGCUAGGGGAAAUAUGCAGACGCAGCUGAUCAUUUAUGAAUGUAAGCCAUUGAUGUGCAGUGAUUGUGGGGGUAGUAUAGGGCACAAUAUGGAGCAAUGUAGACAAAAGAGAGUUGAAGUUGUAAAGGCUAAAAUUAUACAACAAAAGAAGUGGGUGCCUAAGGCUCAGCUAAAAGAGCUCAAUAGUAAUCAAAUUGCUCCUAUUAAGGUCCCUGAGACAUUGGAAGUGGCUAAACAUGUAUAUGGCUUAGCUACUAUUGCAGAGGAAAGUGAAGAAGAGGGCCGUCAAGUCAAUAUAGAAGAUGAUGGUCAUGCUACUCUGGAGAUGCAGCAAGUUGAUAGUAGAGAAAAUGGACAAGAAGAUGUGAUACAGAUAAAUAAAAUGAAGGAUAUGGAGAGGAGAGUUACAAAGGAGAGCCCGGCUCCUAGCUUGGUUCCUAAUGGAUAG